CAAAUCUUUGGAUAUUCUUGCAGCCACAAUUCCCUUUUCGACAGCCAUUGUCGCGCUGAUUUGCAUCAAUUUCAUCGUCAAAACAAUCCACUUCCGAAUCACUAUCAUUUCGGUGCUGGUUUCUAUCAGAUCAAGUCGUACCGCCGAAUCUACAGACAUGUCAUAACCUCACCCCAACUCACUCUAUCCCGCCCCAUUCCGCAACAUGGAGGACACCGACAUCCUGGGCGAUGAUCUCCCUCUGACCCCCUCCAAACUCUUCGAACGACUUUCACAGGUUCCCAAUUACACCUGGGAUCGAUCGUUCGCUCCCUUCCAUUCGACUUAUGACCAUUGGUAAUCCCUCACACGACGUCGUGCUGCAAGCCGAUGAAUCUCUAUCCUUGGUUCUUAAAAACUAACAAAUAUUAGGCAUGUCUAUGGCAUCCUUCACAAUCCUGACGUCCUCAAUCCUCGUGCCUCCAUCAGCACAAUUUCUAGUCUUUCCCUCCUCUCCAGUUCCAACAAAAGUUCGCCUCGCCUCGAUCCUCACCGUCCUUCCCUGAGGCACCAUCACUGGAGCAGUAUCAGUGGCGCAUCCACCGACAGCGAGAAUCUCUCAUCCAGGAGCGAACCUGAUCCGAUAUGGCAGCCUGUUAUUGCUCGCAUCAGUACACAUACCCUGCGCCUGGAAAGAGAAUAUCAUCAAAACCUCACAAUUAUCAAGGAAGCCGACCCAGAUGGCGUACAUACCGUGCGACCCUUGGAAAUGUUCAAACUCCCCGCUGGCGGAGGUGACAACCAACCGAUCUUGGUGUGUGUUUACGAAGCCCCCGGCAAGAACUAUCUUCGUGAAAUAAUGGAUUUUGGCCCGGCCUACUAUGGAAUGCAACAAAAUCCACUCAGCGUCGAUGGAUCGCCCGAUGAGCGUAUCCCAGUGCAAGCGUUUCUAGAUUUCGCUAUUGGCGCCGCCGAGUCCAUGGAGCUGGUACAUCACGGAGCCAAGUAUGUCCACGGCGAGAUACGCGCCGACAGUUUCCACUGGAACAGAGAAACCAACAACGUCAAGCUCAUCAACGGCGGAGGUGGACCCAAGUCUUUCGAGAACUUGCUCUCCAGCGAGGGCUGGGCCUCUCUCAAUCGUCAAAUCGGAGUCAAGAACAAGCUUCAGUUUAUCGCCCCCGAGCAGACAGGAAGACUACCCGCUGAACCUGACAGCCGUACAGACAUUUAUAGCCUUGGUAUCCUUUUCUGGAUGUUGCUGACCGGCCGGCCGGCCUUCGAUGCCGACAGUCCUAUCGAUAUUGUCCAGAAAGUCUUAACGCAUCGCUUGCCUAUGGUUUCUGCCAUUCGAAUGGACGUGCCCGAUGUGGUGUCGCACAUGAUUGCCAAGAUGACACAGAAGCAGAUGGACGAGCGCUACCAUUCACUCAGUGGCUUGAAGUAUGACUUGAUUCAGAUCCAAAAAUACUUAGGCGAGGGCGACCUGGAGAAGAUCCGCAACUACAAGGUUGCUCUACGUGACGUAUCAUCCUUCUUCAUCCUUCCCUCGAAGCAAUAUGGACGCGACGCCGAGACGGAGCGAAUCACGAAACUCAUCGAAAAAGCGCACAAGCGCCAAAGUUCGCACACGUCUCGACACACUGCUACCCAACAUGGCUUACUGAGUGCGGCCUCAAACUCUUCCAUAUCAGACAGUCGCAUGGACGGCUAUGAUGACAGGGAAGGUUCUGAUUCUUCGAGUUCAUUCGGAUUCCGAGAGUCUCGCAGCAAUUCAACCACCAUUGGAAUUGACGGCCCCGUUUACGGUAACAAGACCAGCAAUUUCGCAAAACGAGGUCGCGGAAUUACAGAUCCCCGCAAUGCAACCCUGGAGGCCUUGUCCGACCGAGAAAGCAGUUUUUCUGGUGGCCUCUCAGUUGGACUGCAGCCUUAUCAAGAGAAUGGUGGCAUGAUGACAAGGCGCAGGAACACCCACAAGCAUAAACGCAGAUCCAAGACCGAAGUCAUCACCGUUCUGGGUCCAUCUGGAGUUGGGAAAACGGCCCUCAUCAGAGCCGUCCAACCUGCCAUCAGACGGCGGGGAUAUUUUGCCCUGGCACAGUUCGAUCGUGCCCGCCCUUCGCCGUUCGAACCCUUGAUUAAAGUCAUGGCAAGCUUAUUCCGCCAGAUCUUCUCCGAAAAAGAUGUCAAUUCACCCUAUCAUGAACAUCUCAGAGCCCAUGUCAGUCCGUGCUGGUCUGUUCUUUAUACUCUAUUAGAUCUGCCUCCCACCUUGUUGGACGUGGCCGUACUGUCAAAGAAGUUGAAUUUGAGGAACGACAACACCUCCCAGAGCAUCAAUACAGAAGUUCCAACUAUAGAUUCUACAUCAGCAAGGACCAACGCCCCUCCGGUGGGUGGCGGUGGUUGGGAUUCGAACGACUUUCUGAGAGGACCGUCAAACACCAAAUCCAUCAGGUUCAUCAACACCUAUAUGGACGUUCUGCGCACAAUCUGCACCGGCAAAUUGAUUUGCCUGAGUCUCGAUGAUGUGCAGGUGGCAGACUCCGAGUCUAUUGAACUCUUAGUCCAUAUCAUCAAAGCUAAGGUUCCAGUCGUUCUCUUGCUCUCGAGUCGAACUGAGGAUGAUCAAGUCCCCCCAGGCCUGUCCAAGAUACUUGAUCUCGAUUCCACCAACAAGAUCGAGCUCGGCAACCUCAGCGAAAAGCAUGUCUUCGAUUACGUCGCAGCCACCAUGUCGCAACCAAUUGACACAGUCGUCCCACUUGCUGCCGUUGUACACGCAAAAUCACAUGGCAACCCUUUCCUCGUCAAAGAUAUUCUCCAGACCUGUUACCAGCGCAACUGUCUAUGGUAUGAUUGGCGGGAGUCUGGAUGGCAAUUCGAUCUAGAUAAAGUCUUUGACGAGUUCGCCGCGCAAGGAAGCCUUGACGUCGGCUACAUGACUCGCCGCUUACAAGAGCUCCCACCCACCGCACGCGCAAUACUAGCCUGGGCAUCUCUUAUCGGCUCGACGUUCUCGUUCAAGCUGAUUCAAUCCAUCAUGACUGGUGAUUUCUUCUAUAGUAGUGGAAGAGAUCAGGCAAAUGAUGCCACCUGCCCGAAACGCGCCAAGAUGUUCAACGUCUCCGAAGCUGAUUGUGUUACCGCACUCCAGUUACUUAUCUCAAUGUACGUCAUUCAACCCGGAGAAAGUGAUGAUGAGUUCCGGUUCUCCCAUGCGCGCGUACUCAGUGCUGCCAACGAAAUGCGCGAAUGUCAGAACACCGAAAAGAUGCAUUUUAUCAUCUCUCAGACGAUGAUGACCUACUUGAGUCAAUGCAAGUACAACCUCUACCCAUUGGCAAGACACAUCUGUCUGUCGUCAGAUAUCAUCAAACAACGAAUAAAUGCAAGGCUGCGCUAUCGUGAUGUGCUAUGGCGCGGUGCUCAGAAGGCCCUAGAGACAGGGGCAAAAGACACCGCCCUGUGCUACUACAAGACCGCUAUCAAACUACUUCAACCCGCCAGGUGGGACAAUAACGACUCUGAUGUGUUCUAUGAUGAAACCCUACAGCUUCUUGUCAAUUGCGCAGAACUACUCUACACAGCCGGCGAAGCAAACGACGCGUUACAGCUCCUCGAGGAAACUUUUGUCCAUGCUCGCUGUUCCGCCGAUAAGACGCGAUCCUACAUUUUGAAGGGCAGAAUUCUCAAUUCGCUGGGUAGCCACCUGGAAGCAUUCGCUGUGCAAAGGGCGUGUCUCGCCGAACUCGGCCUCCCGCUCAUGGACAAGACCUGGGAAGAAUGCGACAUUGCGUUCAAGCAGCUGGAGUUCAGACUUCGUCAAAUUCCCCGCGAUGAAUUGCUGGCUCGUCCAUUGGGUACAGAGAAGGAUCUGAUUGGCUUGGGUACGGUCCUGAGUGAAGCCUUGGGUUCGCUAUACUGGUCCAACUCUUUGCUUUGGUACCAGACCGUCAUUGCAUUCGUCAAUGUUCUUCUUGACAGAGGAAUUUUCAUUCAAGCUGGGUUGGGCUUCACAAUGCUUGGCUCGGCUGCGAUCGGUCGGUUCAAGGACGUCGAGUUUGGCAUUCUAUGCGGAGAAAUUGCGCAGGACUUCUUCACAAUUCAUGACGAUCCUUGGACUAGAGGUCGAGGAUGGACCCUUUUCACCCUUUUUAUUGGCCACUUCCAAACACCAGUUCGGAACUUGCUCCCUAUACUGGACAACGCCCUGGAAUACUCAUUGGCUUCUGGCGACAAAUUUGUGAGCAUCCUCAAUAUAGGUGUCAUGGCACUCUCGAGAUUCUGGAGCGGACAAGACCUCGCAGAGAUUGAAGCGUUUUGCAACUACGGCCCAGAAGAAUUCGAUGACUGGUCUAGGGAUCGGAGAGGAGGCACUUUGCUGAUGAUCACCAGGCAGGUGGCGCGUGCACUACAGGGAAAGACCAUUGCACAAGAUGCCAAAACAUUAUUGAACGAUGACGAUCACGACUCUGAGGUAUGGUUAGCAGAGUGCGCCACUCUCUCGGCAUUUCCCCAGCGUGCAACAGACAUUUACCAUGCAGUCUCUCUCGCUGCGUAUCAUACAAUGGGAUACCACGACUAUGUAGUCGAGGUGGGCAGAAAGCUCCUCGAUACAACGCUUGACGAGCUCUGGUCUAACCGACCAGUCUGUGGGAGUCGCUUCUACCUUGGUCUGUCCUUGAUUGCGGUUGCCAAAGAGAAGCCAGAGGCAGAGCGGGCUCAAUAUAUUGAAGAGGCAAGAGCACUCAAGAGAUUCAUUGACGACUGGGGCCAGGUAAACGAUGUCAACUAUUUCGCAUGGUCGCGGAUUCUGGAGGCAGCCAUAUCCGAUGUGACUGGAGCUUAUAACGCGGUCAUCUCCAACCUUGAGAUGGCGGUCGAUCACUGUCAAGUCCACGGCUUCACGCUCGAAGAGGCAGUAGCUGUGGAAAUGCAAGCCGAGUUCAUCUUGGCUCGUGGGGCUAAGAGAGCAGGAAAAGUCAUGAUUCAGGAAGCAAUUGCUGCGUGGAACCGAGUGAAUGCUUCUGGAAAGGCGAGACAACUUGCGGAUAAACAUGAGUGGCUCAUCAAAACAGCGACGACGUCACGCACCAUGAAUGCGGCAGUGCAGACCGAAGACCUCCACGCGCUCACAAUGACAGAAGCAGAGGCUCAGGCUCAGAACAAACGCGAGUACACCAAAGCCUGGGUCCAGCCCAAGAACAAUGCUGGCACACAAGCUUCCGACGAAGUCCCAGGCCUAGGUCUUGAUAUCCUUGACCUGACAUCCAUUCUUGAAUUCUCCCGUGUCAUAAGCUCGGAACUACAGAUCAACAGCCUCCUUUCGAAGAUGAUCUCUGUUAUCCUCGAGUCUGUUGGCGGACAAGCCGAGUUUUGUGCCAUCGUUAUAGACUCGGAAGACCAAGGGUGGUGUGUCGCUGCGAGCGCAGACCACGAAACUGGCGUCAAGACUUACCCUGAUGGCAUUCCAUUUUCCGAGGUUGACGAUCAGGCUGCUCAGCAAAUCACGCACUACCUCCUGCGCACUCGGGAGACUGUCUUUGUCCAGAACGUGCUUGAGGAUGAUCGCUUCUCCAACGUUGGUGAUGCUUACUUGGCAAGAAACCCCGCCGGAAGGUCUAUCAUCGCAAUUCCCAUCAUUCAGGCGGAUCAUUUGAUGGGAGUCAUCCAUCUGGAAGGUCGACCAAACUGCUUCACGCAACGCAACAUGAUUGUGCUCAAUCUGCUAACGAAUCAAGUCUCGAUUUCAUUGGGGAAUGCUCUUCUAUACAGAAAGGUGCGGAAAGUCAGUGCAUCUAACGCGAGUAUGGUGGAGUCGCAGAAAAGAUCACUUGCAGCAGCUCGUGAGGCCGAGGCAAAGGCUAAAAAGGCCGAAGCGGAGGCAAUGCACAACGUCAAGCUGAAGGAAGAAGCUGCAAAGGCCAAAUCAAUCUUCCUGGCCAAUGUCAGUCACGAACUGCGAACUCCACUCAACGGCGUGAUCGGCAUGUCCGAGCUUCUGAAGGGCACACCGUUGAGUAAAGACCAAGAGCAAUAUGCGGACAGUAUUCGUGUCUGCGCCGAUACUUUAUUGACUGUCAUCAAUGACAUCCUUGACUUUUCCAAAUUGGAAGCAGGGAAGAUGCAGAUGUUCACGGUACCAUUGAAUCUCAAGGAGACCAUUACUGAAGUCGUCCGAGCGUUGGCGUAUACGAAUCAAGAACAUGGCCUUGAGACCAUCGAAGACCUGGCGAUCGAUGAUAGCUUGAUGCUGGGCGAUCCUGUGCGCCUGCAUCAGAUAUUCAUGAAUUUGCUGAGCAAUGCUUACAAGUUCACACCCAAGGGGUCUGUAACGGUUCGCGCAAGGAAGAUCGCCGAAACUCGAGACAGAGUCAAAAUCACCUGCUCGGUCAGCGACACGGGUAUUGGAAUUACCAAGGAGCAACUGGGAAGAUUAUUCCAACCAUUUUCGCAAGCCGACUCCUCCACGGCACGGUCCUACGGAGGAAGUGGUUUGGGCCUCAGUAUUUGCAAGGCAAUGAUUGAGAAUGUUCUUGGGGGCAAGAUUUGGAUAGAGUCAACACCGGGGGUAGGGACCACGGUUUACUUCACCCUCACUUUCCAAAAGGCACCCAAAAACAGCAGCAAAUAUGAAGACAUGAAAAUCGUGGCCAAGGAGCCGGAUCCGAUGGCAAAUUGGUCUCAAGCAGCAAGCCCUGAGACGGAGCCCAAGACAGUCAGCUUCUGCGACCUCAGCACGAUCCCGCGAGAGCAGCUUCGUGUAUGCAUUGCUGAGGAUAAUCAAAUCAACCGAAAGAUUGCAAUCUCAUUUGUCAACAAAAUUGGACUCAAGUGCGAGGCUUAUGAAGAUGGCAAACAAGCGUACGACGCCUUGAGGGCCAAGAGCAAGGAAGGGAACCCAUUUCACCUGGUCUUGAUGGACGUUCAGAUGCCAGUGCUGGAUGGUUAUGAAGCGACCAAAGCCAUCCGAGCUGACCCAGACCCCAACGUCAAUCAAGUUCUGGUGAUAGCCAUGACAGCAUCUGCAAUCCGUGGGGACCGGGAGAAAUGCUUAGAAGCAGGAAUGAAUGACUACUUGGCGAAACCUGUACGCCAAAACGUUUUGAAAGCUAUGUUGGACGAGUAUUUGAACAACACCAAGGCGGCGCUUGAGGCAGCUAAGAAAGACUCCGAGACAAUUCAGACACCAGGAGACAAAGCCAGCGGUAUGGUGUCGUCAAAGCCCGAACCCACUAAGACUGGAACAGAGCCACCCAACGGUGUGUCAACACAACCAUCGACUAGUGCUGAGGUCGAUGGCGCGAGUAAUGGCACCACGGUUGACGGUCUGGCUGCUGUGAACAAACCCAAAGCAAGGCGUCCUUUCCAGCGGGUGAUGAAAAGGGUGGACUCGAAAGUUGAGAACGAAGGGCGCAAGAGUCCAUUGGCAGAUGUGCCCAGUGGAAAACGUGAAACGGAUGAGUUGGGAAAGGUUAGCACCGAGGAGGUGAAGUCGAAAUCGAGCUUGUCGAAUGGACUGGUGAAUGGAUAUGCGAAUGGUGUCACCAAUAAUAGCUCAGAAGAAGGAGCUCCGAAAUCUGUGACGAGCGAGGCAACAAUCAAUGGACACACCUGAGAUGUAUGGGAUUUGACACAUGAACCUGGCAUGGCAAAAGGCGGGCGUUGCAGGAAAUGUUUAUGAUGACUUGACGAAAGCGUGCUCCUUCUGGCGUUGAAGGGUGACUUUAGGAAUGCUUGCUGUACGUUAGGCGCAUGGAACUCACAGACGGGAUACAGAUUUUGGGGAACACGGUUCAAAUUCUGUGUUGUGUCUAUACUUGGUAUAUGGAGCAGCGUGGAUUGCUCACUCGAGACAAUUGAUCGCGAAAACUGUUUGACGAGUUGUAGCAGGCGGCGUCAUGUUCUAUCUUCCCACGCGGUCGACUAGUGUUUUCGUGAUGCUAGGGAAGGGUUGAAAAUACAUGUGUACGUAGAGACAAUGUGUUGGUGUAGGAUCUAUUUUUGUGUUGUGAAUGGGUUUCCAACUGAGAGGUGAUCUGUGCACGAGUCUGAG